CUGACAAACUGAUGUCGACAGCACAACAAAUCGGUCGCCGACCAUCGGCCAGUACUGUACGUCGUGCACAUCCGUACGGUUUGCGUACUUUGCGCGCGACUCAUUCGUCUCGUUGUCGACAACGGUUAGGUUAUUGUGUUAAUGACCAAUCAUAAGUCCUUGCUGAUAAUUAUUUUACUUAUUACAUACGCGUUGUAAUAUGAUCGUAGCCAUGGAAAGAAAACUAAUUUCAGAACUCAUCGAAGAAUACAAAACGUACACUUGCUUGUGGAGAAUAAAAGAUCCGGAGUACAAAAACAAAGAAUUGAAAAAUGAAGCGUACGAAUCUCUUUUGGUGUUAAUCAGGAAAUAUAAUGAAAAUUGUACAAUGGACGAUUUAAAGAGGAAAAUAGCCAACCUAAGAACAUGUUACCUGAGAGAAUUUAAAAAAGUAGUUGAUGCUAAGAAAUAUGGUGAAACGUAUGAACCCAGCUUGUGGUAUUACAAAUCAUUGGAGUUCCUGAAUGAUCAGCAUGUAGGUGAUGAUAAAGUACGUUUGGGUCGUAGUUAUGCCGAAAAUAGCGACGAUGAAAAUGAAUCCAUUAACGAGACUCAAAAUAUUGUGUACGAAGACGGACUCGGAUCCGAAGAUAAAGAUUCGUACUCAACUGAAGUAGAGUUGCCGCCUGGUGCUGCUAAUCCAACAGUUACGUUAACGCAGAAUGUGACACAGAGGCGUCAAAAAAGAAGGCGCGUACUAGAAAUUAACCCUGAACGUUUUUGCGAAAAUUUCGAACCCCAUAUUGUUGGAGGGGUAGGCGGUCCUGGCGAACCACCCGGAGAUUAUUACGAAGGUUUCGGUCGUUACGCUGCGAAUGAACUCCGGCAGAUGGAUCGACAGUCAGUGAUAAUUGCUAAAAGACUGAUAAACGAAGUUAUGUUUCUUGGUCAAAUGGGCAUGUUGGACGUGAACACUAGAAUAGCCAGUCAUAACUUAAAGAAAAACGUUGUUAUCAAAAUUGAAGAUUCACAAACCGGAGAACUACCUAUGGAUUUUAUGGAAACCCCAUAAUUUUAACUAUAUUAUUCACAUGACAAUUAAUCUGAUUUUAAUUUAUAUUAGAUUGAGUAUAAUGUCUCAUGUUGAGAUAACAUUUUUGUAGAUAUAUAUUUUUUUCCUACCUCGUAUCUUUUAUUAUGGAACUUCAUUAUGUUUUACAAUGUCUGCGUUUGUUGAAAUAUAUUAUUAUUAAAAGAUA